AUGUCGCUCGUAUACCUGCCCGAGAGCGCGUGGUCGAUGCGCUACGGGCCGGAUUACUUCACGGUGGCCAUCGUAAAGUACCUCGUCAAGGAGGACGAGUUCGCGCUCUACGAGCUGCAGAUCCAGAACGGAAGACGCAAUUGGAAGGUGCUGCGUCGCUUCAGCGAGUUCGACAGGCUGCAAGCGAGUGUGCGCUUCAAAGCAGGUGACCGACUACCAGAGCUGCCGCCCAAGACGUAUUGCUGCAGGGACCUGAACCCGGACUUUUUGGCCAGACGCAAGGAGCUGCUGCAGGUCUUUCUGCACCACAUGCUGCAGAUCCCCGGUAUCGCUGACGACGACCACGUGCGCGAGUUCCUGGGCCUCAAACUGUCCACGGAGCUCUACGUUUGA